AUGGAGCAUUCAAGUACUAGUCAGGAACUGACAGUGAAGAGAAGUUUUUGGCCGAAAAGAAAUAUUUAUUUUCUAAAAACUCAUAAAACCGGAAGUACCACUAUGCUAAACAUGAUUUUCCGACUUGCAAUCAAGGAAGAACUCCGAGUCGGGUUUCCAAAGCUCCAACUAAAGGGGAGAACAAAUUAUCUUUGCAAGCAUAGACCAUUUCAACUCUCGUGCACCGAUGAACACAACUAUAAUGUCAUUGCCAAUCAUCAUGUCUGGUCAAAAGAAAUCGACAGGGCUCUUCCAAAUGCCACAAAAAUAACGAUACUACGCGAACCACUUUCUCAAUUCGUCUCUGCGUUUGAGUACUUCGGCAAUGCAGUUUUCGGGGUCAAUGAAAAGGGUCAAACUGCUGGCACACUUGAGAGGUUUAUUGCAAAAACUUCACCCCGAAUCAUCGACAAUACAAGGAAAGCAGUUAUAUCCGAGAAUACUCGUAAUCCGGCGGCGUUCGAUCUUGGUCUUUCUUAUAUGUACAGAACAAUGUCCGAGGACGAACUUGGCAAGUGGCUUGUUGAUUACUACGAUCUAGUCAUGAUCACAGAAUACUUCGAUGAAAGCCUUAUUCUUCUGAAGGACCUCAUGCAACUGGAAUUCACCGAUAUUUUUUACCUCAAAUCUAACUCGAAUAAGAAAAAAGGCUUUACCGAGAACGAUCUGAACGAGGAAACGAAAAAACGCAUUCUUUUCCGCGAAAGACUUGAUGGUGCUCUUUAUAAACAUGCGAAUGCGACUCUAUGGAAGAAGAUUGAAAAGUUUGGAUUUGAAAAUAUGAAGGAAGAAGUGCGGCAACUUCAAAUUCAUUGCGAACAUUAUGUUAAUGAUCAAAUCAUGAGCAUGGAUGAGUGGGAACUUUUAGCGUACAUGCGAAAAUGGCAAAAGACUAUUUAA